AUGGUCAUUUUCAUAAAUUUAGUCGAUUCAGGGACCAAAAGUGUUAUGAAAAAUUGCCCUCAUCAAGCCUUCAAAACUCGUUCCUGCCCUCAAGAGGGAACAACUAGUCCUGCUGCAUUCACCAGGGCAACGGUUGUUGUUGCGGUCAAGUAUUCAAUAGUUGAACGACCAGAGAAGAUCGAUGCGGUCCUCUACCCUGAAAUUUCCUCAUUUCUUAUGCUUAUCAAGGAUCAGGACCGGGGUAAGCUUCCUGGAGGAAAAGAAAUUGCAGUGAAGAGGUUGUCAAGCCUCUCUGGACAAGACAGUAUGGUACAAGGGAAAGUAAAGAAGUUACAUUGGAAAGGAGAGUUCAGUUUGAUUUACUUCAGGCUAUGCAAAGAGAUUAUAAAUUGA